UUGGACCUCUGUGGCUUCAUGUGAUUUCACUCUCUAUAUUACUUCUGCUCUCAUCUAGUUAAGUGGAAGAGUAAUUUACUCUCAGGCUGGAAUCUCAUUUGUAAUAUGUUUGAAGGAAAAGACGGCGGGAGUUCUGAGAAGAACAGAAGGUUUCUUGUCAAGAUGGCUUUGGGAACAAAUAAUGUUGAAAUGAGUUUCCAAAAUGAACUGAAGUCCUCAGGUACCAACUCAGAUUUUCCUGCAGAUCUCAGGGAAAACAACAUUUCUCACGAGAGUCAUUUUGGAUUUUCCAAGCUUCUUUUUGCCUUGUUGCUGAUACUUUUCCUGCUGAAGGAAAUCUUAUUGUCUGUCUCUUUUAUCAUUUUCUUUCAAAAAAAUUCUCAGCUGCUUGAAGAAAAAAACUAUAAAAGUUCUAUAAAAGAAAUGAUUCACACAAAUUUGGAGUGUGUACGAAACAAUUCAACCAUGAAAGGAAAAGUCUGGAGCUGUUGCCCAAAGAAUUGGAAAUCAUUUAGUUCCAGUUGUUACUUUAUUUCUACUGAAGCAAAAUCCUGGAAUGAGAGUCAGGAGAACUGUUCUGGAAUGGGGUCUCAUCUGGUGGUGAUCAACAGCAAGAAAGAGCAGGAUUUCAUCACUCAGAAUAUGGAUAGAAAUGCUGCUUAUUAUGUGGGGCUGUCAGAUCCAGAGGGUCAAGGACACUGGCAAUGGGUUGAUCAGACACCAUACAACCAAAGUGCCGCAUUCUGGCAUGCAGGCGAGCCCAAUUAUGGCGGAGGGCAUUGUGUUAUUCUAAAUUAUCGUGGAGAGCAUCCACAAUGGGGCUGGAAUGAUAAUAUUUGUAAUAUACGUCAAAGAUUAGUUUGUGAAAUGAUGAAGAUCUACUUAUGAAUCAAACAUUUUUCAUGGACACGUUGUUAGAUUCACAUCCAUUAUUCUAGAGAUAGCUCAUAAGUUCUUUAUAUGAGGGACAGUCCAUAGACUUUUAAGUAUGUGGUCAACUAUUCCACUUUUGAGAAAACUUUAGUUCUGCAUAUAGAAUUUACCAGUUCAUUUCCCAGAGAGCACAUUAUACAAUAAUUCUGUUUGACUUUGACUUUAUGUACAAUGAGCUUACUCCAUUAUUAUUUCUGUAACAUGAGGAUUGAUAUGAAGAAAAUUUAAAAGAUAUAUUUUACUUAAAAUGCCUUUGAUUGACACAAUAAAGAGUGUACUUGAACAAAAGUGAAAUGUUUCAUCA